GUACCACCCUACCACCCGGCCCAUACCAUGCCCUUGCGGUAGCUCCCAUAGCGCCCAUUCGACCUUGCAGCCCACACCCAAGCCCAAGCUGAGCCCAAGCAACACUUCCCCUGCGGCACUCCCAUCCGCUACACCGCACUACACCUUCCCGCGUGACGCCACCCCCCGCAGCAGCAGCAAGACCAUCAGAAAAUGUCGACGCCAAAAGAUACCCCGUGGGCCCCUGCGACACUGAACGAGAGCGCCAUCGAAACCGGAUCCGAUAAAGACGGUGCCAACGCAGCCCUCGAACAUCUCGGUUACACGCCCGAACUCUCCCGCAACCGGUCAACAUGGAACGUCGUUUUUAUGUCCUUUAUCCUCGCCUCGGUCCCCUACGGCCUUAGCACCACCUACACUUACGCCCUGGCCGGCGGCGGCCCGACCAACAUCAUCUGGGGCUGGGUCCUCGUAUCGCUGAUCAUCCUCUGUGUAGCCGCCUCCCUGGCAGAAAUCACUUCUGUUUUCCCCACCGCCGGCGGUGUUUAUUACCAGACCUUUGUGCUCUCGCCCAUCUGGUGUCGCCGCAUCUCCUCCUGGGUGUGCGGUUGGGCCUAUGUCACCGGCCAGAUCAUGAUCACCCUCGCGGUGAAUUUCGGCUCGGCGCAGUUCUUUAUCGCCUGUUUGAACGUCUUUGAGGACGAGAAUGGUGUCGGCCUGACCGACUCCUGGGAGGCUUGGCACACCUACGUGAUCUUCUUGGCGAUCACGCUCGUUAGCCAUGCAAUCCCCGCGUUUGGAAAUAGAUGGCUCCCUUGGUUGGAGUCUUUUGCCAUUUUCUGGACUCUGGCCGGUGUCGUGGCUAUUGACAUCUGUUUGCUCGUGAUCGCCAAAAACGGCAGGCGCAGCGCCAAGUGGGUGUUUGGCCAUUUUGAGCCCCAGACUGGCUGGCCCGACGGCUGGUCGUUCUGCAUUGGCUUGCUGCAGGCAGCCUAUGCGACAUCCUCGACCGGUAUGAUCAUCACAAUGUGCGAGGAAGUGCGCCAGCCCGCUCUGCAGGUCCCCAAAGCGAUGGUCGGCACUAUCGUGAUCAACCUGAUCGCAGGUCUUAUUUUCCUCGUUCCUGUGUGUUUUGUCAUGCCCGAUCUCGCCGAGCUCGCAGCCUUGGCGUCUGGCCAGCCCGUUCCGUCCAUCUUCAAGUCCGCCAUUGGAAACUCCGUCGGCACAUUCCUCCUCCUGCUGCCGUUGAUUAUCCUCGGUCUUAUCUGCGGUAUUGGCUGCGUCACGGCGACCUCUCGCUGCACCUGGGCAUUUGCCCGUGAUGGCGCGAUCCCCGGUUCCCGCUGGUGGCGCACCGUCAACAAGAAGCUCGAUGUUCCGCUGAACUCGAUGAUGCUGGGUAUGGUCAUUGAACUCCUUAUCGGUUUGAUCUACUUUGGCUCAUCGGCCGCCUACAACGCCUUCUCUGGCGUCGGUGUCAUUCUUCUCACUCUCAGCUAUGCCUGCCCGAUCGCGGUCUCGCUGCUCCUCCGUCGCCGCGAGGAUAUCAAGCACGGUAGCUUCGAUCUCGGAGCGCUAGGGUUAUUCUGUAAUAUUGUAGCUCUAGCAUGGACCGUUCUCGUCAUCCCCCUCUUCAAUUUCCCCAGCUACAUGAGCGUUACUCUUGAAACUAUGAACUACGCCUGCGUCGUGUUCGUUGGCAUCAUCGUCAUCUCUGCCGUCUGGUACUGGAUCUGGGGAUACAAGAACUACGCUGGUCCGCCUACCGAUGCCAUUGAUCCGGAGGCUGAUCAUCCCGCUGGGAGUAGCCCUGUGCAAGUAGCAAAGGAUAUCCAACGCUAG